AUACAAAACCGGUAACUUAACAUUUCAUCAAUCUUCUUCAAUCGCUCCCAAAACAGGCGAAUUAGGGUUUUGCUCGAAGCUUACCGGAAAACUCAUCGAAGAUGGAUGCUUCAACGGACAAGAUCAACUCUCAGUCAGAGUACGAUUCAUCUGAAGAUCGCGAACGACAUUCGCGCGAACUUAAAGCCGGUUUACAUCCUCUCAAGAACAAAUUUGUAUUCUGGUACACUCGGCGCACACCUGGAGUUCGUACACAGACAUCAUAUGAAGACAAUAUGAAGCAGAUAAUGGACUUUAGCACUGUUGAAGGUUUUUGGGUGUGUUAUUGUCAUUUGGCUCGCCCAUCAUCCUUGCCAAGCCCGACUGAUUUGCAUCUUUUCAAACAGGGGAUUCGUCCUCUUUGGGAGGAUUCUGCUAAUUGCAAUGGUGGUAAAUGGAUCAUACGGUUCAAAAAGGCUGUCUCAGGGCGUUUCUGGGAGGAUUUGGUUUUAGCAUUGGUAGGUGAUCAACUUGAUUACAGUGAUAAUAUAUGUGGGGUUGUGUUGAGCAUCCGCUUCAAUGAGGAUAUAUUGAGCGUUUGGAACCGCAAUGCAUCUGACAAUCAGGUGGUGAUGGCUUUAAGAGAUAAGAUAAAACGACACUUGAAGCUUCCGCAUGGAUAUGUUAUGGAAUACAAGCCACAUGAUGCUUCCCUGCGUGAUAAUUCAUCAUAUCGGAACACUUGGUUGAGAGGAUAGAGAAGAAGCCGGGAUGCGGUGGGGCGGCCUGUUGUUGGGAUGCUUAUGAUGGUCAAUAUUUCGGGUCUUUGUUAUGUUUGACUAGCCUACCUUGAAUAUCAAAGAAAGAAGCAACAUUUGUCAUGUGGACAUGAUUUUGGAUAUUUUAUGCAUUAACUUAAAACUCUAAAUCACUUCAUGAUCAUCUUUAUUGUUA